ACAAUCGUUGACAUGAGAAAGGAGACCCAACUGCAUGCCAGAAAGCUCCUGACUCCUGACAUCCACACUCCUAUAUUCAUCAGAUAGACGACAGCUUGUGCUUGCGGUGAAGGCUGCUUUGCAUAUUGAUCAUAAGGAAUCAAAUCAACUUUGGUUGUUUCUGGUACAUCCCAGCCACUGGAGGAAUCCACUUCAUGGCACAUCUUGUACAGAUUGCCAAUUUUCGAUCGCAUCAUACAAUUGAAGCAUGCCCCAGUGCAAGUUGCACUUUCUUGGAGCUCAGGGCCUGGAUCCUCGAAUGCCCAGAGUUCUGAAGGAAAAGAUCGAGGAAGAGGAAUGGAACCAGUUUGUGCUGGACAUUAAUUCUGCCAUUCGUCAAGCCCAAUCGACCAUGGGCUUGAGUCCAUGGUUCAUUGUUACAAUGGCCACUAUUUGCAUUAUCUUGGUCAUCAUUGACAUUGCUGUUGGCGGAGAUAUCUUUGGCACAGCAGGAAUCAUGUUGUCGACAGCCAUUACCUUGUGCGGUGUUGCUGCAGUGUGCUAUGCCUGUCUCGUCAAGCCCACCACAACGUUGGAAGAAAUGGUAGAAGUCAUUUGUGAGGAUUACAGUGAUGAAGAGAACGAAAUAUAUUUUCUGUAUCGGCAUCAUGCCAAUGUUGGCGUCAUGGAAAACAGAUUCUAUUUGGAAGUCUUUAUUCCUGAGAAUGCAGAAGAGGAAAUGAGCAGAGCCUUGGUAGCCAUCAAAGAGGACCCAGCAGAAGAAGAGAGCAGGGCACUGGUCACACUAGUACCGCCGGAACAGUCUCGUGCUCUGGUGCUAGCUGCGCCUCCUUCGCGUGCUCUAGUGCCAGCGAGUACUCCUAACCUAUCUCUCCAAUCAGGCUCUCAAGCGUUGACCCCGGUUGACAACUCGCGAUCUUUGAUACCUCUCAACGUCGAACGAACGGAGCUAGCUUUGGUGGCUUUGAACAGCUACACGCAACAACAGGCACAUGUACCGCGACCUCAGACUCCAGCACCUGCUCCGAUGCCAUAUGUCUCUGGAGCCAUCGUACCUACCUGCUCCUCCGUCUUCACUGCAAUCAAUGCCAGGACUCCAGUGGUGGCCCACAUGCCUCGGACCGCAAUGGCACCCGCACCGUCGCCAGUCCCGUUGUCCGUGAUGGUCCCUCACGCGGCAGCUCCCUCCAACACAUGGACAACAGCUCCGGUGUCCUCGCAGAACAUCAUGCCAGCACAAGCACCAGUUCCACUUCCAGCUCCCUUGCCGUACGGCUUGUCAGCAACGACACCACACUCUUCCAUGCAACCCAUGGCAAGACCAAUGGGGUCUCCAGCAGUCGCAGCACCGGUCCCUUCACAAAGUUGGCGCAACUUCAGUCGAGAUCAGCACGAGCACCAACCCACAAGAAGCAGCUAACUCUGAACAGUCAUCAUGUGUUCCCGCUGGCAGCGCCUAUGUCGUACAAUGUAGAAGCCUCGAGGUUAGCUGGUCUUCUGUUCGCCAAAGCAGAUCAUUUUACCUCUAGCUAGUUAGUUACCGGUACGGAGUAUUUUCUGCUCCCAUAGCUCUGUCCGGUCGCCUGUCCCGUUGCGGCACAGUCGUGUUCAACUGAUGAUGAAGCCCACCUUUGUCCACUUUCGACGCAGUAUAGCUAGCUAGCCAAGUGGAUGGUUUUAUUCCAAUUUGAGAUCUAUGUUUACCAACUACAUUGGACAGUUCCCAAGGCCGCUAAAGGAUAACCCUGAAGCAACGGCCCAUGCAUUGGUAGGCAUCGCUCCUAUUGACCGCUCCACUCGGAAGACGACGAUGCCAAGAGCGGCGCAGGAAGACAGAUUAAAAAAUGGAUAGUUUAGGUAAACAUAGGGUCGAAGCA